GACUUUUAUUUUGAAAGAAACAGUCGGCAGAGACGUCACGUUAGCUCCGCACAGCCGAAGGUUUCUGUGGAAGUUUAUAUUUGCUGCUAGCGAACGAACAACUCCACAUAUUAAGUUAGUUCACCUACUGUACACGACGCCCAUUGUCUUGGUCAGUAAGCAACCCCCCUGUAUUCAGUGUGUGAUUUCUGAGGCGGAGGCUAGUGUGCAGCCACAAGCAGGGUUAGUUAGCAUGCUGGGCUAGCUCACUAGAGCUCACUGUUGUCCCGAGGUUCGAGGAGGAGACGAUGAACCGCGGUACCACCCACGGCCACCUGGACGACGGGCCGCGGUAUGGACUACCUCCCCCGCCCGGAGAGUGGGGCCCCUAUGGCCCGCCACCCAACGAAUGGGGUCCAAGGGGCCCGGCGCCGCACAUGGACUGGGGACCACGAGGACCCCCGGAAUGGGGUGCUCCUCACGGCCCUUGGGGACCUCAUCACCCCGCAUGGGGACACCCUGGUUGGGGUCCGGAGGGUCCGGACCCGUGGGGAGCACCGCCCCCUGAAUGGGGGCCUCCUCCGCCGGGCGGCUGGGGCCCUGGCGGCGCUCCUCCAGACCUGUACUACCGCCCGCCCAGCCCGGACCCAUACCGAGCCCCUCCUCCGCCGCCGGGCUUCGCUCCUCCGCCGCCGCCAGUCGCUUACCAUCCUCCGUACCUGCCGCCCGUGGAGCCCCCCCCACAAGCCGCGUUCCCCGCAUCAUUCCCUCCACCCGGAUGGACGGCGGAGCAGCCGAUGCUGAACCCUGCUCCAGAACAGCCUCAGUGGUUGAAGGCUUUGAUUUCAGUCCCACCCACCGAGCCUCCACCCUCUUCCACGGCCGCCGCCCCCACCCCCGCCCUGGCUCCGCCCCCCGUUGCUCCCGUGGUGCCGGUAGCCCCUGCAAAGCCUGCGGCCCCUUCAAAGCCCACGGGGCCUCCCGAACCAGAGCGCAAGGCCACACCGCUUGGCCUUCUGGGAAAAAGGAUAUUUGAAAAGCCCCCAGCUGGACGCUCCACUGGCAUCAUCUCCUUCAUCGGGCCCACGUUCGGAUACAUCGAGAGGGAAGACCUGGAGAAGUUCUCCUUCGCGUUCAAAGCCUACUUUGGGAACUCCAAGGCCCUGACGCCAGGGGUCAGAGUUCACUUCACCGCGCUCAAGGAGAAGAACAGUCAGGUGGCCACGGACGUAAAGGUGGCCCCGGGGGGGACGGAGAACGUUGGCAUGGAGAUCUACGAGGCCGUGGUCAGCCAGCCAAUCCAGGAGCCCCAGCCCGGGGAGAAGCUGUACCCAGGCCAGGUGUUCACCACGCUGGGCCACCUGCGCACCAACCUGGCGUACGAGCGGCGGGACUCUGCGGUGACGCUGCUGAAGGACGACCAGGUGCUGUUCAACCUGCUCACCGACCUGGUGACGGACAAGAGGAGGGCCACCAACAUCCGGCUGCAGAUCCCCCUCACCUACCAGCACACCAAGGAGACCCGCCUCACGGGCGCCAUCACGAAAAUCACGGGCCCCAAGGGGGUGAUCACGGCGGAGACGCACGGCGAGCUGACCUUCGAACUGAAAGAGAACCUGAGUGACGUGGACUUCACCGCGGAGGACGUCAAAGAGGAGGUGGAGUUCACCCUCCACACGGUGCGAGGAGCCCAGAGGGCGAUCAGGAUCCGCCGCCUGAAGGAGCCCCUGCUCCUCACCCUCUGCACCUCACCCCCUCCCCUGCCCUCGCCCCUGGGCGCCCGCCCCCCCGCCCGCCCGAGUGCCGCCGAGCUGGGGCCCAAUGUUCAGCUGGACAACGAGCUGUACGAGGGCGUGGUCAGCCAGACCAUCAUCCCAAACUCCGGCAUUGUACCAGGCUACCCGGGUCAGAUCUUCGCCAACAUCGGGCCGAUCAAGACCAACGUGACGUUUGACAAGCGGGACUGCUCGGUGACGCUGCUGAAGGACGACCACGUGCUGAUCAACCUGCUGGUCGACACCAUGACCCGCAAGCGCCGCGCCGCCAACAUCAAGCCCAAGGUCCCCUUCACCUUCUGCUACACCAAGGAGAAGAGGGAGAAGGGUCAGAUCCGCAGCAUUGCGGGCCGCACUGGAGACAUCCGCUCGGAGGACUACGAGGGGCUGCCCUUCGACGUCUCGGACACCUUCAGCGACAACGAGCUCAGCCCGGAGGAUGUGGGCAAGGAGGUGGAGUUCACUGUGACGACGGUGAACAACGCCUCCAGGGGAAUCCGCCUGAGGAGGCUGGUGCCACCGGGAGACAAGAUCCUGGAGGAGCAGAAGAAACGAGAAGAGGAGGAGAGGAAGAAGAAGAGGGAGGAGGAAGAGGAGAAAUUCAGAGACUUGGAGAAGAGGAAGGAGGUGGCUGCGGCGCUGGCAGCGGCCCAGGUCAAGUGGACCCCGCUGGGCUUCAGAAUGACCGACCCCAACACCUUCGACGACAUCAGCAAGGAGCGCUUCCAGGGUACCGUGCUGAAGACCAUCUCCAAGAGCCCUCAGAUCUACCAGAUCACCAAGGACGGCGUGAAGGGCGACCCCGACGAGAAGAACGUUAAUAAAGAAGAGAAGAAGAAGGACGCUGUAGAGGCGGCGGCGGCGGGCGUGGAUGGAGACAAGAAGGACGUGGUCGGAGUGAAACAGGAAGCAGUCAAGGUUGAACCGGAAGUGAGAGUUGUCUCGGUUAAGGUGGAGGUGAAGGAGGAGCAGGAGGAGCGUCCCGUGGACGGUCAGCCGGCCGGCGGGAAGGAGAAGGAGAAGGAGAAGGAGAAGGAGCGGCCCGACCGAGGCCGCCUGGUGAUGACCAUCGCCGGGGAGCAGAAGAUGUUGCACUUUGACCCCAUUGACGUCAUGACCAGUGCCACCAUGAUGGUCGGAGACAAGGUGCGCUUCAACAUCGCCACGCAGCGGGAGAGCAGGGAGGAGCGGGCCACCUACGUGGAGAUCCUCCCGGACUCCUUCCAGGAGUCCACGGAGCAGCGCCGACACGGCAUCGUGAUCGAGUUCUCCGAGGAGUCCGGGCUCAUCAAGUGCUCCCAGAAUCCCCAGCUGUUCUUCCGCAUGUCUGAGGUCAUCAUCGUCAAGCAGAAGAAGCUCCAGCUGAACGAGAAGGUGGAGUUCAGCGUGGUGCCGCAUGAGACGGCGGACGGCGGGCACCAGGCCAUCCGGAUCACCCGCUUCAUGGAGAACGUCUUCCUUCCUGUCCGGAAGCUGAGUGCUGUCGGUGCCAGCCAGGCCAAGGGGAAGAUGACCAUCAAGAUCUCCAAAGAAACAAAGAGUGUUGACGACAAAGGUAAAGAGCAGGCGGAGUCGGACAAGCUGAAGGCGGUGGUGAAGAACCUGCGUUCCCAGGACUCCAAGGACGGCCGGGGGGGCGGCGGCGGGCGCAAGGACUACGCCGCUGGCCGCCGGCGCCACGGGCGCUCGCGCAGCCGGAGCCGCAGCCCCUCCAGGACGCACUACGGCCGCUUCAUCGAGAGGCACCGCAGCUCCAGCGUCAGACGCAGCGGCAGCCGGGAGCGGGAGCGCUCGCACCGCCGCUCCCGCUCCCGGAGCCGGGAGAGGAGCGGGGAGAGGAGCAGGGACGGCGGGAGCAGCAGGACGAAGAGUAGUAAAAACAGCAAGGAGAGAGAUGGGAGGGAUGGGAGGGAAGGGAGGGAAGGGAGGGAUGGGAGGGGGGGUAGUGGUGGUGGCGGCGGCAGUGGAGCUGUGCCAGUCGAUGACGAACUCGCCAGGAAGAAAUGGGAACUGGAGAAGCUGAACGAGAUGAUCGCUCACAGGAAGUCCAUGGUGGAGCGGGACCACCGGGACAGCGAUCCUCGAGACUCUCGGGGAGGAGACCCCCGGGGCCCAGACCAUCGAGGAGACCCCCGAGGAGGAGGUGACCCCCGAGGUGGUGACCCCCACGGCCCUGACCCCCGCGGCCCUGACCCCCACGGCCCUGACCCCCGAGGAGGUGACCCCCGUGGCCCUGACCCCCGUGGCCCUGACCCCCGAGGAGGUGACCCCCGUGGCCCUGACCCCCGAGGAGGUGACCCCCGUGGCCCUGACCCCCGAGGAGGUGACCCCCGUGGCCCUGACCCCCGAGGAGGUGACCCCCGUGGCCCUGACCCCCGAGGAGGUGACCCCCGUGGCCCUGACCCCCGUGGCCCUGACCCCCGAGGAGGUGACCCCCGUGGAGGUGACCCCCGUGGAGGUGACCCCCGUGGCCCUGACCCCCGUGGCCCUGACCCCCGAGGAGGUGACCCCCGUGGCCCUGACCCCCGAGGAGGUGACCCCCGCGGCCCUGACCCCCGCGGGACCUGCAUCGACUACGACCACGGCCGCAUAACCCUGCCCCUGAAGGAGUACAAACCGGUCCAUCGGGAAGACCCGGAAUACCGGUACCGCUCGCCACCGUGCGACCCGGAAAGAGGUUACUAUGGCAACUCUUACGAGAGAGGCUACCGGCCCCCGCCCCACGCCGACCCCUACAGAGACCGUCUCUAUGACGACUAUCCCUACGGAGACAUGCCCUACAGGGACGCUCCUUACGCGGCGGACCGCGCCUAUGCCGAACGUUCCUACAGCGACCGUCCCCACGGAGAGCAGCCAUACGGGGAGCAGCCGUACCCGGAGCGCCCCUACAGCAGCGCUCCGUACCCGGACCGCUACGACGCGUACGCCGACCCGUACGCCGCCAAACCCCGCGAAGAACCACCGUACGACCCUCUCUAUGACCCGUCCCCGGCCAAGCGUGCCCGGUCCCUAGACCCCCACCGGGGGCGUUCGGCCUCCCCGACGCCUCACCCGGCCGCCCCUCAGAGUCCCCUCCCCUCCAGCUCCUACACCCCUCCCUCCGCCCAGCCCCCGCCCGCCUUCAAACCCCCGCAGUUCAGACCCCCGUCCCCGGUGGACUCCCCCCCGCGGAGCCCCUCCCCCCGGCCACCCGCCCAGUGGGCCGCGGCGGCCCCCGGCCCGUCCUACAACCCCCUCCUGGAGAUCUUCAACAAAGGCCUGGAGGCCCACAAGAAGCCCCCGGCGGCGGCGGCCAGAGGCCCCGCCUCCUACCAUCAGCGGACCCCCAGCGAGGCGCAGAGGACCCCAAGCGAGCCGCCGAGCUACAGGCUGCCCGACGACGGGCUGCUGCCCCACGAGCGCGCCGUGCAGGACGGCAGCGGCUUCUCCAGGAUCGUGGGCCUGGCCUCGGAGCAUCCGGCCCCCAGCCGUUACCACGAGCCCGGCCGCCGGAGCUCCUCCUCCGCGGAGAGGACCAACGAGGAGGACCAGCCCUUCGACAAGAUCCAGACCCUGCUCAGGACCAUCGGCAUGACGCUGUCCACCGGCGACGGCUCCAGGCCCGGCGCCCCGGAGGGCAUCCGCUCCAGGGAGGGCUACUCGUCCGCCGAGAGAGAGACCGGCCGGUCCUCAGCCAAUAGGAGCGAGGGGCGACCCGAGUGGGCCGGGUCUGCGGAGGCGAGGCGACUCCACUCCCCGUCCCCGGCCCGGCCGCCCAGCGCCGAGCCGCGGGGCGGCCGGGAGUCUGAGUACGAGGGCUUCCUGGACCGGCAGGAGAUGGAGGCUCUGAAGAGGGCCAAAGAGAUGCAGAGUCUCACCAAGACCAUCGGGGGCGCGUAUGAAUACAACACGCCCUCCGGUCCCCCCCCCACUCAGUUCCAACCGCAGCACCCCAGCUCCUCCCACCGGGGCCCCAACAGCUGGGCUCCGGUCGGAACCACGCAGAGCCCCACCUUCCCCAGCAUGGCCCCCACACCGCCUCCUCCCACUGCGCCACCGUCUCGUCGGUACGGGACUCCCCCCGGACACUCUCCCGGAUCGCCCCCGCAGUACGUCCAGGGGUUCCCUACCUUCGGGCCCCCCUCCUCCUCCUCCUCUCUCCCCUUCCUGGGUCAGGAGGACCCAGGGCCGAGCUCCACCAGCCCCGUCCCGCCCCCCCCCAGCGGCCCUCAGGCCCCGGGGUCCUCCCAGGCCGGCCCGUCAACUCCAGCCCUGACCCCCAGUGCUGAGGGUCAGGAGCCGAACUCUGCCCUCACGGUGGCCCGGUGCCUCAAGGUGAUUGAGACGGUGAAGUCUCUGAAGCCCUCCAAGUCGGUGCAGUUCAGCCUGCCCACAGACCUGCCCGUCUGCAGCGUGCAGAUCGCUGGAGGGACGGAGGAGGACAUCAAGGCCAAGCAGAAGGAGAAGUUGGACCAGUACAACCAGCGGAUUCAGGACAAGCGGGAAUUGCAUUAUCAAGAGAUUAGGAACCUCAAGAAACAAGGAGUUUGGAAGAGACGUCCCUCCGUCUCACAAGGUAAGCCAAUCGGGGAGCCCAAGAGCGUGUGGAUCUGCGGCCACUCCCUGGUGUUCUGGGCCGAGGCGCGGGCCAAGUCCCCAGAGGUGGGCAUGCAGCUGGGCAUGGACCCCAGCAACGUGGUGAUCCACUGGAAGGGCACCCAGGGCAUGACCUGGCCCCAGCUGCUGCCGCUGCUCCACCAGCUCAAGGUGAAGUGGCCCAACCCGGACGUGCUCAUCAUGCACCUGGGCGGGAACGACCUGAGCACGGAGAGCCCCACCGACCUGCUGGCCUCGGUCAAGAAGGACCUGAGCUCCAUGCGAAGCAUCUUCCCCCAGUGCCUGCUGGUCUGGUCCAACAUCCUGCCCCGCCGGGUGUGGCGCCACUCGGCAGACAACCAUGAGGUUGACCUGGUGAGGACCACGGUCAACCGCCGCAUCCACAACAUCAUCCUGGACCUGGGCGGCACCAGCCUGACCCACGACAACAUCCGCUGUGGCUCCAACACGGGCCAGUACCGGCCGGACGGGGUGCACCUGUCCUCCAAGGGCAUCGACACCUUCAACCUCAACCUGCAGGACUUCCUGGAGAGGUGGGAGAUGGAGUCCAUCAAAGACCUGGAGAAACCCUGAUCUCGUUUUAUCAUUGCUUUAGCUUUUGCCUUUUAUGAGUUGCUAGCCUGCCGCAUUAGCGAAGGAGUUAUACGUUUAUGUUAGUAGUUACUGAUGGCUUUUAAUGUUCUGCUAUAGUCACUCUUAUGGUUUUAGCUCCGCUGUAACGAAACAAGUGGUCUGAGUGUACUCCAAAUCAACCAAUAAAGUGAUCUAAUUCUCA